UAUCUUUGAUGCUAAAAUCUGAGCGAACUCUCAGUAUAUAGCUCAUCUGUAUUCCCUCAUAUUUAUAUUAUAUAAAUUUUUCUUAGUUAUUGAGCCGUAUUCAUAAAACAAAGGAUAUCCCUGUACUAGCAAAUUUUGAAGGAAAUCCUCCAGAUGGUAUUUAUAAUAAUUUGAAACAAAUGCUUUCCUUUAUACUUGGCAUAGGAAGCAUAUCCUUCCAAAAUUCUGAGUGUGGUCAGUAACAGACUCAACUUCGUAAUGGAAGGUGGUCAAACGAUGAUGCCGGAAAUUGUGGAUGUUACUUGGUGGUGACUUCAAAAAAUUAUAUCGGUUCGACGAAGCAAAUGUACAAUGGCUCACGGACAGAUUUUUAGUUGAGAAUGAGGAAACUCGAGGAGGAGCACUUUCAUGUAUUCAUAAAAUGAAGGUAUGUCUACGCUAUCUCGGUGACUCUGGAUAUCAACAAGGUAUUGGUCAGGAACUUGGUGUUAGUCAAGCAACGGUAUCUCUGACUGUAGAUAGAGUUGUGAACAGCAUAGUUGCACAGUCGAACGGAUGGAUCAAGUUUCCAACUACCAACCAUGAACUGAUGGAGGCCAAGCGGAUAUGGCAAAGCUUGUAUAAAUUUCCGACAGCAAUUGGUGAAAUUUAUUGUACACAUGUAGGAACCCUGAAACCAAAUCGCCAUGGAGAUGAUUAUAUCAACCGAAAAGGGAGACAUACUAUAAAUGUGCAAGCCACUUGUAAUGCCAGAGAGAUGUUCACAAGUGUUGAUGUCAGUUGGCCUGGAUCAGUGCAUGAUUCCAGAAUAUGGAGAAAUUCACAGACUAGAUUACAGCUAAUAAAUAAAGCAAAUGUUGUACUACUUGGCGAUUACGGUUAUGAUAUUGAGCCAUGCCUUAUGACUCCCUUCAGAAAUCCUAUUCCAGAACCAACAGAGAAUAUAUGGAAAAAAUGUGCUGAAGAAUUUGAAAAUGGAUGGGGAUUUCCCAAUUGCAUUGGCAGCGUGGACGGUAAACAUGUAACAAUCAAGAGACCUAACAACAGUGGCUCCAAUUACUGGUGCUAUUUACAUAAAUAUUCAAUAGUACUUAUGGCCAUUGUUGGCCCGGACUAUAAAUUUAUAUGUGUUGAUAUUGGUGGUUUCGGAAAAAAUAGUGAUGGGGGUAUUUUCGAAACCUCAAACAUGGGAAAACGAUUUGAACAAAAUUUAAUGAGUGUCCCUGCACCUAGAUUUCUCCCUGGGCAAAAUGAAAUCUGCUCGUACGUCUUAAUUGGUGAUGAAGCAUUUGCUUUAAAACCAUACCUUAUGAGACCAUUUAAUUAUAAUAAGCAGACUUUAACAGACGUCAGAAAAGAGAAAUACAAUGUAAGACUUUGUCGAGCUAGAAGGGUCGUGGAAAAUGCGUUUGGUAUUUUGUCUCAAAAAUGGCGAAUAUCUUACAGGCCAUUAGAAACUAAAGUAGGUACUACUAUUAUAAUUGUAUGUACGGCAUGUGUUUUACGCAAUUUUUUACGAAGUAAAAGUGGCGAUGACAAAUAUUUUCAAUUCUUUGAUCCCCCAGAACCCGUGCUUGGAGCUUUUACUGAUAUAGCAAAUAAUCCUCGGCGGGCAGCAAGGCUAGCAUUUUCUACUCGUGACAAAUUCGUAAAUUAUUUUAAUUCUGAUAUGCCUAUGCCCAAUAUAUAG